CGCGUGCGCCCAUCUCCUUCACAGCAUCUCUGGCUUGUUGUGCUAUUUGAUAGUUCUAUGACUUUUUGACCUUCGACCAGAAAUUCAAUUGUCUGACGCGAAGAAAAUAUGACGAAAACUCAAACUUUCGCGGAUCGUCAAGUUCCAAUCCCGGGGUUCGGCGCCAUGGGAUUGAGCUUUGGACUGGGCAGCAAUCUGAGCCUCGAAGAGGCUGAACCAGUACUGCUCAAAGCCAUCGAGCUGGGCUGUACUUUCUGGGACACGGCUGUUGUUUAUCAAGCUGGAAUCAACGAAAAGCUUUUGGGAGAGUUCAUCAGAAAACACAACGUCCGUGAUCAAGUCUUUAUCGCUUCAAAAUGUGGAUUCGCCUGUUUCGAGGACGGGGCAGUCACUAACUCUGCUCAUCACAUCAAAACAUACAUCGAAGGCACGAUCGAACGGCUCGGGUUCACGCCUGAUCUGUAUUACUUGCACAGAAUCGAUCCUAAAACCCCUCUCCAAGAAUCCAUCACUGUGCUGAAUGCGAUCAGGGAAGCGGGCAAGACGAAAUACAUUGGCCUUUCAGAAUGCUCGGCGGCGACUCUUCGUAAAGCGCAUUCGAUUGCCAGGAUCGACGCCGUGCAAGCAGAAUACUCGGCAUUUGAAACUCUCCACGAGACUGAUGGCUUGAUCGACACUGCCAGAGAGCUAGGCAUCGCCUACGUCGCUUACAGUCCCCUCGGACAUGGGUGGCUCGUCGAUGAUUUUCCCUACAAAUCUCCUGACGAUUUCGCCCAGGACGAUUUCCGUCGCACCGUUCCGAAAUUCCAGGGAGAAAAUUUCUAUAAGAAUAAGGCUAUCGUCGAAGAAAUUAAGAAACUUGCCGAUCGGAAAGGUUGCACAUUACCUCAGAUUGCUCUUGCUUGGGUUAUUGCGCAGGGCAUGAUUCCGAUUGCAGGAACGACAAAGGCUAGCAGGUUGGAGGAGAACUGGAGUUCUCGUGGUAUUGAAUUAACGCAGGAGGAGAAGGAUGAGAUGCGGGCUAUUGUUAAUAGAGCAAAGCCUGUGGGCAAUAGAUAUAAUGAGAAAGCACAAAUGAUGGUGGGCCACUAG